UCAACGUCUUUUCUUCGUCAACGGUUGUUGUCGUUUUUCGCUCGCAGAACGAAAUAAUACGGCAAGUGAAUUACUACAAUAAAAGUUUUUUUUUGAAUAUUAACAAAUCCAAGAAUUUCUUUCAAUUGAAAUUAACACUGUAACAUUUUAAUUUCAAUCAAAAUUUAAUAAAAAAGUUUCAAAUUACAUUGUGCUGGUAAAGAAUUUUUGUGCAAAUUACAGAAAAAGCCAAGUUUUUUUAAAAAAAAGAACAAAAAAUUUUCUUCUCAUACAUACUUUGAGUAGUGAGUGAAGGUGCGUGUGUGUGUGUUGUGUGUAAAAGUAUUUUUCUUUUCUACUCCAAAAAAAAAAACAAAAAAAAAACGUAAAGCAGCCAACAAACCAAACGCCAGCUUUUAUAAACAGCCACCCUAAAAGAGUUUGUGGUUUUUGAAAGGAAACAACAAUAAAAAUAGCAGUAGAAAUAUUAACAAUUAGAAAAAAUGGCAGUGAAUGUAUAUUCUACAAAUGUUACGACUGAAAAUCUAUCCAGACAUGAUAUGCUUGCUUGGGUAAAUGAUUGUCUGCAGGCACAAUUUUCGAAAAUUGAAGAACUAUGUACUGGGGCUGCUUAUUGUCAGUUUAUGGAUAUGUUAUUUCCUGGUUCGGUACCUAUGAAACGUGUCAAGUUCCGUACAAAUUUGGAACAUGAAUACAUUCAAAACUUCAAGAUACUACAAGCUUCUUUCAAAAAAAUGAGUGUAGACAAGAUUAUACCCGUUGAUAAAUUAAUUAAGGGACGUUUUCAAGAUAAUUUUGAAUUUUUACAAUGGUUUAAAAAGUUCUUUGAUGCCAAUUACGAUGGACGUGAAUAUGAACCGCUAAUAGCACGUGGUGGCAUUAAAUUGGGCAAUGGUGUUGGUGGCGGUGGUAGUGGUGUAGGCAGCAGUAAUGAUUUGCUACAUCAUCAUCAGCAUGACAAACGUCAUAUACAAAUGCCUUCGGGACGUAGUACAACACAUGCUACCACAACACGAACAACCGCUACAAAAGUACCGCCUAGAGCUGCUGUUCCUGCUACAAAUUCAAGACCGGCUGUGGCUUCUUCAAAUAGCAGUGCUGGUGGUGCCGUUAAGAAAGCUAAUGAAAAUAAUACCAGUGCUGUAACGAAUCAACAAAUUGAAGAAUUAUCUAGCCAGGUCAUGGAUAUGCGUUUAAAUUUGGAGGGUUUGGAAAAAGAAAGAGAUUUCUAUUUCUCUAAAUUGCGUGAUAUAGAAAUUCUCUGCCAAGAAGCUGAAGAAGGAGAUACCCAUCCUUUGAUACAGAAAAUUUUGGAAAUUUUAUAUGCAACGGAGGAUGGUUUUGCGCCACCAGAUGAAAUUCAGCCUGAAGAUGAAGAAUAUUAAGUUUGUUAGUGUGGUGUGUUUUUUUCUAUUUAACUCUCCUUCUACUCUUGUCGCCCCCCUAUUCUAUUACUUUUCUUUUAAAUCAGUUUUUAAACACUAUAACUUGUUUUUGUAUAAAAAAAAGAAAUGAAAUAAGAAACUUUACUCUCUAUGUUUUCUUUGAAUUAAAAAUUAUUAAAAAAAAAACAAACGUA